GGCUUAAAGUAGAAACAAGAAGAAGAAGAAGAAAGCGUUUCACUAAUUUAACAAGAAAAACAAUUGAAUCCAUUUUGUAACAAAAAACGUAGAUUGAGAUAAAGUUUAGAAUGGUCAGCGAAAUUCCAGCUAAGCUACAGAUCGGUACCAAAGAUGGUGUUCAAUACCCGCUAGCUGUGAAGUAUUGCGGCAAUUGCUCGAUGCCCCUGGAAUACUGCGAGUACUAUCCAGACUACGAGAAAUGCAAGCAGUGGCUAGCCAAAAAUCUCCCGGAUGAGUUUGAACGUAUUAAAUUGGGUGGAAGCGAAAGUGGCAGCGGGAGAUCAGCUGGCGGAGCUGCAGGUGGAUCUGCUGCUGGUGCAGCUGAAGAUGCCGGCGAGGAGGACAAGAAACGGCAAAAGCGAGGCGGAAAGGGUAUGAUGAAAACUAAGAAGGUUAAGGACGAUGUCGUGAAGAAGAUUUGCGUGUCCCGGUCGGCUCGCGGUAAGAAGAAGUCGGUUACCGUUGUUACCGGGAUGGGCACAUUCGACAUCGAUUUGAAGGUGGCUGCGAAGUUUUUCGGCACAAAAUUCGCCUGCGGUUCGUCAGUAACCGGUGACGACGAGAUUGUCAUUCAGGGGGAUGUUAAGGAUGAUUUGUUCGACGUGAUUCCGGAAAAGUGGCCCGAAAUAGAUGAAGACUUCAUCGAAGAUCUGGGAGAUCAGAAGCGAUAGGUUAAGUCGUCGACUAGCUGAGAUAUCCAUAUGCAUCGUAGGCUAGUUUGUUUUUAUUUUACAAUUUAACUUAUUUGUAUACAGGAAAUAUCAAGUCGUCAUCCACGUCCUCAAUCAAGACGCA